AUGCCGCUCCCGGCGUUCCUGGCGGCGGCGGCGAGGCUCGCCGUCCUGGUGGCCGCUGCCGUGACGGCGGCCAACGCGGCCUCCUUCGCGCGGUACCGGCGCCGCCACCUCCGCCACAUCCCCAACCCCAUCGACGAGUCCGCCGACCCCAUCGCCGACUUCCGCGCCCUCCUCUCCAACUCCGCCGCCGCCCCCGCCGCCGAGGAGGCCGCAGAAGAUGGCAAUUUCUUCUUUGGGCUAGCGACCGCGCCGGUGCAUGUCGAGGACAGGUUGGAAGAUGCUUGGCUUCAGUUUGCAGUCGAGCAUUCCUGCGAUGACAAGGAGGCCAUGUGUGACCAUAAGACAGCAGACGCGGUGAUGGCAUUGGCUGCAGGGGACGGAGGCGCUCAGUUGGCUUCUAGGUCUAGAGGGGACGAAAAGGCUGGCGAUGGAGAGAAGAGGAAGCCUCUUAAGGUUGCCAUGGAGGCAAUGCUCAGGGGGUUUGAAAUGUUUGUCGAGGGUGGUGAAUCUGGUUCUGGCGAUAAUUGCAGCCACAACGUCGCAGCUUGGCACAAUGUUCCUUGCCCGCAAGAAAGGCUUAAAUUUUGGUCUGAUCCCGAUACUGAGUUGAAACUUGCUAAGGAAACUGGGAUCAGUGUUUUCCGCCUGGGAUUGAUUGGACAAGGCAAAAGUAAAAGGAAGCCAAUCGUUGGUGUCGCUCAUCAUGUAUCGUUUACAUGGCCCUAUGGUCUAUUUGAUGUUGCUGCUGUCACACUGGCUAAUUCAUUGACCCUUUUCCCUUACAUUGAUAGCAUAUGUGAUAAAUUGGAUUUUAUUGGCAUCAACUACUAUGGGCAGGGUGUGCCUGUGCUUGGUUAUCUAUUCUGGACGAUGUCAGAUAAUUGGGAAUGGGCAGAUGGCUAUGGUCCCAAGUUUGGGCUUGUAGCUGUUGGUCGUGCUAACAACCUAGCACGGAAACCUAGGCCUUCAUACUAUUUAUUCUCCAAGGUUGUUACAACUGGGAAAAUUACAAGACAGGACAGGCUGGAUGCUUGGAGGGAGCUGCAACAAGCAGCAUUUCAGAAGAAAACACGCCCAUUUUUCAGGGCUGUAGAUAAACAUGGUCGGAUGUAUGCAGGGGGUUUAGAUCGGCCUAUCCAGAGAUCAUUCAUAUUGCGGGAUUGGCGAUUUGGUCAUUAUGAAAUGGAAGGCUUGCAGGAUCCUUUCAGUCGCUUUAUAAGAUCCAUUUUUUCACCAAUUUUGCGCAAGAAGAAGAUUCAUUACAUUGAGUAUGAGGAUAUUUCUUAUGCUAUUUCUCCCUGA